CUUCGCUCUCCUCGAAUUUCUGAGGUCCUCAUCAUGGGCACCUACAUCCAGUCAUCUGUGAUUGGAGGCUGCGAUGGCACAUACUUCAAUGAUCUGCACGAACUCACUGACAAAGAUGGCCAGCUCAUGCUUGAUCUCAAUCAUCCUAUCACCCGCAUUGAGAUAUCUUCCGGAUGGCUUGUCGAUGGAUUGAAAGUCACCUACAAGCUCAGGCAUCCUGGCUUGAGCAAUAUCACGUUGACACAUGGCAAGUUCUAUGAGCCCAACAUGUCCGCUUUCGAUCUCAAAGAGUCGGAAAUGAUUCUAGCUAUCUACGGCCGUGCCGGUUAUCAGGAUGUCUACAAGCAAAAACUUGUCAAUAGGAUGAGCUUUGUCAUAUUCGACCAGCACACCGGAGACACUCGGGUCCUGGGUCCUUUUGGCAGCAAGCCUAAGUUUGCCAACUUUUUUAAUGGCUCAACUUACCAUGUAGCCAACGUGAUGGCCUUCGCCGGGUAUGACAAUGGCGGGAAUGUACAAAAAAACUCCAUGCAGAUGGAAUCUCCGGUCUGUCUUUCUGCACGAACGUCACAAGCGAAUUGAACUGCCUCUAGGCCAUGUUGCCUCCCGAUGCAGAGUGAAUAACGCUUGUGACCUUCGACAGGCUGGAUGCUGAUAUCCUACAUUCAAUAUGGCUGUGACGGAAUUGUACCAUCGCUCCUCUCUUACACAGUCAGAUCAGAGCCCGAGAAGGCUCCUUCGUAGCCACAGGACGAGGAGGCAUGCGCGUCGACAGGCAUUUUGUCCCUCGCAGCCGGAAGAUCGCAUUCAUUCUGAGGCUAGAUCUGGAUGAGCUAUGCAACUGAAUCGACAAUGUCGAAGUCAGACCGCUUUCGGCGUAUUACGAAUCGUGCAUUCUUCGUGUGCUCCGCGGGGCCUCCCAUUAGCUGUGUCAUCUUUCAGUGAGUGAACGAGUUCAAAUGUCUCUUACGAG